UUGUCAAGCCUCUUCACCCCGAAAAAUUUUCCCCGCAAAACUUGAAACACAAAACAAAAUAGGCCUAUUCUUUAUUCGUAUUGACCGCUUGGUAAUUUAUGAACAUGGGCGAGGAGAUGAAUAUUACAGAGGACGAGGCGGCGUUAUACGACAGACAGAUUCGGCUCUGGGGAUUAGACGCACAACGAAGGUUACGUGCAGCCAAAGUCCUUUUAAUUGGACUGAGGGGACUUGGGGCAGAGAUUGCUAAAAACAUAGUGCUGGCUGGAAUAAAAUCAAUUACGCUGAUGGACCACACAGACUCAACAGAAGAAGACGGAUGUUCACAAUUCCUUAUUUCCCGAAGUGACGUGGGUAAAAAUAGAGCGGAGGCAUCUCAAGAGAACACGCAACGUUUGAACCCCAUGGUGGAAGUGGUGGCAGACACGCAGAGUGCGGACGAGAAAACCGACGAUUUCUUCACAAAGUUUGAUGUGGUGUGUGCCACUUGCUGCAAGCAGACCACGCUCCUCAGAAUCAACAAAAUCUGUUCAGACCAUAAUAUCAAGUUCUUUGGGGGAGAUGUCUUUGGUUUCUAUGGUUUCAUGUUUGCUGAUUUAGGAGAGCAUGAAUAUGCAGAAGAGGUCCCAAAGCCCAAACCAAAAGAUGAGGGAGGGGAACCAGCUGCCAAGAAAGCCAAAACAGAGGAAGUGGAGAUGGUAACAGUAAAAAAGAGUGUUGACUUUAGUCGCCUUCAAACAGCUUUACAGAUUGACUGGUCCUCAGAAUCGGCCCAAAGAAAACUCAAAAGAACUCCCAAUACUUACUUCAUUAUGCAAGUGUUGCAUGACUUUAUGGAGAAGCACAGUAGAUCUCCUGAUGCCAAACAAAAAGAGAAUGAUAUCAAGUUAUUAAUAGAACAGAAAACCAAGACUCUGGAAAAACUGAAUCUCAGUCCUACUCUCAUCUCGGACGAUUUUGCCAGUUUCUGUUUUGCUGAGUUGAGUCCUGUGUGUGCUAUUGUGGGAGGAGUGGUAGGACAAGAAAUCAUCAAGGCAGUAUCAUUAAAAGACCAGCCCCAUGACAAUUUCUUCUUCUACAACGGGAUAGAGGGCAGUGGCUUGGUGGACAGAAUCACUUCCUCCUGACCUCUGACCCUGAAGUUCAUUACGUGAUGUCUACACAUAUCUCAUUUGUCAUUUAAAUAUAGAUUUUUUUCUCGUGUUUACCGAUACAUAUUUGAUGACUUCUUAAAAUAAAAUGACAUUGUCUAUAACCGCUUCGACAGAAAAAGAUGAAAUUUACAGCAGAAAUAGAUUGUGUAGUAUACAGACAGUGCAAUGAAAUAUAUUCCAUGUUGUUCAGCUGUGAGUACUGGUACAUGUAUUAAAUACCUUACGCAUGGUAAA